AUGGCUAGUGAGGAGAGUUUUGUGGUUUUGGUGCACCACAGAGGAUCUGUUAAUAGAAAAACUCGUUCCGGAGUAAAGUUCACAGAUAAGAAUCCUCUAUGUAUUGUCAUAACAUCUACGACGAGUUAUGAUGACCUUGUUAGCGCUGUACUAAUGAAGCUCGGUCUGGAGGGUGCGAAGCGGGUAAAGAAGUUUUUCUAUCGCAUUCCAGUCACGGUGCUACAGAAUACGGUGAAGUAUGAUUGCUUCACGAUUAAUAAUGAUGUGGACUUGCAAGUAAUGUUUCUUUGUCGGCGGCAGUUUCCGGAGGUGAGGACACCGGAGUUGUUGGCACGGCUGGUUGAUAUUGUAUCCAGCUUCGGCGGUUCGAACAGGAAUACGAACACUAUGGCGAAUGCAGCAGGUUCUAGUUCCCGGCCUGCCGUUGCUUCCUCCUCUGUCCCUGUGUACGAACCAGUGGUCCAACCUGUCGCCUCCCCGUCUUUUGCUGUUGACCUCAAUGGCACCGAAGGCGACGAGGUAGUGGAAAGGGAAAAUUUGCCGAACGCUUUAGUGGGAGUUGCACCUGUUGGCGUAGGAGACGGUUUUUUGGUUGAUGAAGAGGAGGAUGACGUCGAGCCGGAUAUGAUUGACGAUGAUAGCGCUGAUGAUGAGGGGGUUUUAGGGCACGCUGUUGGAUUCGGAGCUAGAGAUGCGGAAGGGACUGCUGGUCUGACAGAGUUUCAGGUUGGUCAGCAAUUCCAGGAUAAAGACGAGGCCCUUUUAAGUGUGAAGACUUACAGCAUCCGGCGAGGGGUACAGUACAAGGUGGUGGAGUCCGAUCACCGCCGGUAUGUGGGUAAGUGUUCCGAGUUUGGGAAUGGGUGCACAUGGUUGAUUCGACUGAGUCUCCGGAAGCGCAAGGGCAUUUGGGAGGUCAAACGGUACAAUGGACCUCACACUUGCCUGGCCACAUCCAUCUCGAGUGACCACAGGAGUUUGGAUUAUCAUGUGAUUUCGGCGUUCAUUAUGCCAAUGGUUAGGGCCGAUGCAUCCGUGAGCAUCAAGGUGCUCCUGAACGCCACGGCAGCGCACUUUGGUUUUAGGCCGACUUACCGGAGGGUUUGGAUGGCGAAGCAGAAAUCUAUUGCCCUCAUCUACGGUGACUGGGAUGAGUCCUACAACGAUUUGCCUAGGUGGGUGUUGGGUGUGCAGCUGACGAUGCCUGGUAGUGUUGUCGUCCUUAAGACGACCCCGGUUCGAGUUGGAGGACAAGUGGACGAGUCUCAAGCGUACUUUCACAGGCUUUUCUGGACUUUCCCGCCGUGCAUCGAGGCAUUCCGUCAUUGCAAGCCGCUAGUGAGCAUUGAUGGCACACAUCUGUAUGGGAAGUAUGGGGGGACGUUGCUCAUCGCGAUUGCACAGGACGGGAACUCGAACAUUCUACCUGUCGCAUUCGCACUAGUAGAGGGUGAGAAUGCGGAAUCCUGGACAUUCUUUCUCUCGCACCUUCGACAGCACGUGACCCCGCAGCCCGGUCUGCUGGUUAUAUCGGACAGGCACAACGGCAUCAGGGCUGCGCUUGAGGCCCCUGACGGCGGUUGGCUACCCCCAUCUGCGUACCGUGCAUUCUGCAUACGACACGUAGCGGCUAAUUUUGCCCUAACCUUCAAGGGCAAAGACGCUAGGAGGCUACUAGUGAACGCGGCGUAUGCGAAGACCGAGGUUGAAUUUGAUUACUGGUUUGAUAUCCUGCGAUCUGAAGAUCCGGCGAUGUGUGAGUGGGCAAACCGGAUUGAUUACUCGUUGUGGACUCAGCAUCGUGAUGAGGGGCGGAGAUUCGGUCACAUGACGACGAACAUCUCCGAGUGUGUGAACUCUAUCCUGAAGGGGGUCAGAAAUCUCCCUGUAGCAUCCCUGGUGAAGGCAACAUAUUGUAGGCUUGCGGAACUGUUUGUUCGCAAGGGGAGAGAGGCUGAGGCCCAGAUGGGAACAGGACAACAAUUCAGUCAGCAUUUGGUGAAGUGUAUUGAGGCCAACAUGAAGACGGCCAGGUGCUUCACGGUGACGCUGUAUGACCGGGAUAACUCCGAGUUCACUGUAGCAGAGACCACUCCGACUGGUUCUUUCUCCUUGGGUACUUACAGAGUAUCCCUUGCCUCUCGGACAUGUGACUGCGGGUACUUUCAGGCUCUUCAUUUCCCGUGUCAGCACGCACUUGCAUGCUGUGCAUACUCACGGGUCACCUGGACCUCUUACGUUCACAGCGUCUAUCAGAUUAGCUCGGUGUUCAAUGUGUAUCGGAUGGGAUUCACACCUCCGAUCCCGGAGGGCUUCUGGCCACCUUACGACGGGCCCACGGUGAUUCCAGACCCUGACAAGAGGCGUGCCAGAGAGGGUCGUCCUAGAUCCACUAGGAUACGGACGAAUAUGGACCAGGCGGAUCCGAAUCGGCCAAAGAGGUGCGGCCUAUGUCGCCAACCCGGACACACACGACGUAGUUGCCCACAGGUUGGAGGCUCGUCUCAGACAGGACACCAUUAG